GUGUGUGUGUGUGUGUGUGUGUGUAGGUCGCUACAUGACGUUUGUGAUGGACCCUCUCCUCUACCCCGCGGUGACCAAACAUGGCCGCCAGUUGGACUUCCACGCCUUCUCUGACCGCGUGGCUCCUCCCACCUUUGGCUACCCGCCCACAAGGGGCGGGGCCUACCCUGGCCUAUCAGAUCGCAUCCACAGCACCUUCCAGCUGCUGCAGGGAGAAAGCCUCGCCCACCUGUCCCAAGGCAUGCUGGGAAACCUCCUCGCCGCACUGCGACAUCACUUCCUGUGUGAGCGUGAGGGGGCGGAGAAGCCUGAGGGCGGGCGGGCGUGUCAGGAGGCGGAGCCUGAGUGGAGGGAGGCGGGGCUCUACUCGCUGUGUGAGCGUCUGAUGUUCGGCGCGUCGCUGCGGACGCUCUACGGCACACACACACACACACACUCGCCCGGCGCGCUGGAGCGCCUGCGCGGGAAGUUCUCGGCGUUCGACGCCUGGUUCCCCCUGCUGGUGGGGGGCGUGCCCAUACGGCUGCUGGGCCGAACCAACGCGCUGCGGGGGGAGCUCAUCGGGCAUUUCCACCCCCGCAGCGUGCAGCAGUGGGACGACCCGUCUGACUUCAUCAGGGCCAGAACACAGCUGCUGAACGAGUACCCGCUCACUGACGUGGAGAAAGGAGCCCAUCACUUUGCCAUUCUCUGGGCGUCCGUGGGGAACACUAUUCCUGCAGCAUUCUGGGUAGUCUACCAUCUACUGGCUUACCCAGAAGCCUUUGCAGCUGUGAAAUCAGAGAUUCAAGAAGUCCUUGGUAUCCAGGGGGAGGGGCUGGCCCUUGAUGAUGACAUCACAAUUACAAAUGAGGAGCUAGACCGCAUGAUCUAUUUAGAGAGCGCAGUGUGUGAGAGUCUGCGCCUGUGUUCAGCGGCCAUGAACGUGCGUGUGUGUCAGGAGGAUUUUCAGCUGCCUCUGAACUCCCAGCAUUCAGUGCGACUCCGCAAGGAUGACAUCAUUGUCCUCUACCCCCAGAGCAUGCACAUGGACCCUGACAUCUACCCUCAACCACAGGUGUACAGGUUCGACCGCUUCGUGUCAGGCGAUGGGCGGCGGCGGUCGGACUUCUCCAAGAAAGGUCAAAGGUUACGGUACUUCCUCAUGCCCUUCGGCUCCGGGGGCAGUAAGUGUCCGGGACGCUUCUUCGCCCGCGCGGAACUCAAGCAGCUGGUGUGUGUGCUGCUGCUCUACUGCCGCCUGGAGCUCGCACACACACACGCACACACACACACACACACCCCGCCUGCGCUGGAUACCUCUCGUGCGGGCCUGGGGAUCCUGCCGCCUAAAGGAGACGUCUCUGUCCGCUACACACCCAUCAGAGAGAAAGAAAAGAAAGAAGAGAGGGAGAGAGAGAAUGUCUGAGCUUGUCUAACCUGUGUGUGUGUGUGUGUGUGUGUGUGUGUGUGUGUGUGUGUGUGUGUGUGUCUGUGUGUGUGUGUAAUACGGAGAAUGGUAUUUCACUGUAUGUAUGUAACGGGGUGUGGGACCUACAGUACGUGCUUUACGGCACCAUGGCAGAGGUGUGUGUGUGUGUGUGUGUGGACACCAUGGCAGAGGUGUGUGUGUGUGUGUGUGGACAUCAUGGCAGAGGUGUGUGUGUGUGUGUGUGUGUGUGUGUGCCGUCCUGCUAUGUCUUGUGUUGAGCUUGUGUAACAGGUUAAUGAAUGACACAUAUUUGUGCAAUCUUUCAUUUUCUAUUUUGUGUAUAUGUAAGUUUAUUUCACCAAAAUCUUGGUUUCUUUCAUGGUAGCUAGGCAUUAGGCCUAUCAUUUGUUGGGUAAGUGCGCCCUCUAUUGGUUGGUUUGGUGGCUACAGGCUGCAUUUUCGUGCCUUGCUCAGUAUGUGUUUUGCUUGGCAACGAGAGGUACGUGUUCACAUUGUAGUGCUAUGAAGGUUUCAAAUGUAUGUGUUUUAGCUUAAAUUUGGGUGCACACGGUGGAUUGUAAAUGUGUUUUGUGAUGAGUUGUGAUAUUGGUCGGAUUGUUUUGGAGGUUUUGCUGUUUUGAGAGUUAGGGAUAUAUUUGCUGAUAUAGCUAACCUCGUGUGUUGUUUAACUGUAUGCUAGGUUUCGUUUUUCUGUCUUUCUGUAAUGAAGGCCAUAUGUUUCAGUUGUCCUUCUUUUCUUAUGUUUGUAUGUGUUUUGCUUGGCAACGAGAGCUACAUUCUGCAUACUGAAGGAGAAAGUAAAGUGGCUAAAAGAA